GGCAACGGCAGUGUUCAACCGGCCCCAGAGAACGUCACACGCGUCCUCCGCCGUCCACGACGAAAGCCACGACGCGAGUGUUGUGUUCUGUGCAUUGCGAUUUGUGAUCUGUGUUUGACAACCUGUGGAUACAACUAGCAAAUCUGGAGCGACAAAGUUUGAAAAGAAGCGGCCGCUUGUGUGAUGCAGCGAUGUCGGCUGCGGUGAGGGCGGCGCUGCUCUGCGCGUGCGCGGUGUUACUGCAACACGCAAACGCGGAGCUUCGAGGAAGAUGCCCAGCGGAAGAGGGUCCCUGUAUGCCACGAGCGGCGCCCUGCAGCACUGACGACGAGUGCGGAGACCAGCUCUGCUGCAACACCAAGUGUGGCCGGACUUGUGUGGACCCACUGUACACAGGAUGUGAAAAUGUACGACAGUCAGCGGAGCGUAUCUCUCGCGCCCUGGCUGCUGAGAACAGUAGAGGAGGACGCGGUCUGAUCAAGUCGGUCCGGGCUCCAAGGUGUCGGCUGUCUGAUGGGGAGUUCGAGCAGAUUCAGUGUGAUAACGAGAUCGUCAGCUCUUGCUGGUGUGUCGACGAGACUGGUUUUGAACUGCCAGGCACUCGCGCGCCAGCAGCCAGUCUAGUCAACUGUACCAAAACGGCGCCAUGCGCAGCGCACACCUGCCGCAUGCUGUGUCCACUUGGCUUCGAGCUGGACGCCCGCGGCUGCCCGCUCUGCAAGUGUAGAGAUCCUUGUUCGAGUAUCACAUGCCCUGGACAACUGUCUUGUCAGCUUGAAGAGACGCCAUGUUUGAGACCUCCUUGCCCACCUGUCCCAACAUGUAAACGUGGAAGAAGCUUGCAAAACAUCUGUCCUGUCGGCGAGCCUCUAAUCAUAUCAGAAACCAGUAGGCCAUUCCUCUGCGGAACUGAUCCAGGAAAACCAAAUUGCCCACCAUUAUACCGAUGUCUGGUUGAAUCAGGAAACGACUACGGCGUAUGCUGUCCAGCAUCUUUAGAGCUUAAGAAGGCAGGCACGUGUCCUGAGCCAGAGGCAGAGUUGGAAUGCGGUACUCCGUGCGCCCACGACUUGGAAUGCCCUUCGAUGCAGAAGUGUUGCGACGGCGGGGAGUGCGGGAAACACUGCGUACUCCCUAACAACGUUACUAUGUGCACGCAGCAGAAGAUGCUGGCUGAGUUGCUGGUGAUCAGUGAGAAGGAAGGGAGGGGAUAUGUGCCGCAGUGCGCUGUCGAUGGGUCGUUCGAGUCGAAGCAGUGCUCGAGGAAUGGACUUGUUUGCUGGUGUGUCGACACGGAUGGCAAUAAACUCCGCGGGUCGAUGGGUCCAGCUGACACCGUCCAGUGUUCGAAGACCCCUCGACCAGCACGCAGCGGGGGUCGUAGCCUCGUCUCCUGUGGCAGAGCUCUGUGCGCCGGAGUCUGCGAGUAUGGCUACAAGACCGGCGGUGAUGGGUGCCCGACGUGUGAAUGUGAUGACCCCUGCGCUGGAUUCCCGUGUCCAGAUGGAGAGGAGUGCGUGAGGGUUAAGGAUGCUGAUUGCGCGGGAGAUUUCUGCACUGGAUAUCCUAUUUGUCGACCUAAAGUCUCCUACAACAAUCCAUGCGAAGUCGGCAUCCCAGCAGCGGACGACGAAGGGACAGUGGUCCGUUGCGGCGCAGACGCAGAUUGUCCCGGAGGACAUGUCUGUACCAGAGCACGAACGAGUGGCAGCGCUGUGUGCUGUAUGGACCCUGCUGAUAAUGGAAACUCUACUGAAACUGAAAUUUUUGAGGUGAGCUUCGAGUCCUGCGGUUCAGAAGUUGAAGCCAUGUGUGGCCUGAACUCCACGAUGAGCUGUUCUGAAGGUGUGUGCGAGGGAGACCUGAUGUGUUGCGCCACUGCCAACUGCGGACCGGUGUGUGCGGAUCCGGCGAAAAUGAAACUGCAGACUGAUAGAGUUGAUGACACUCCCACAAUGUGCGAAUACCUCCGGGACUUCGAUGAGAAGAUGGAAGGUACGGUGGACGGCAUGAAACUGGCGCUGCCGGCGCCGACCUGCAGGCCCGACGGCGCGUACGCCUCGCGGCAGUGCGCCCGCGGCCGCUGCUGGUGCGUCGACUCCUUUGGCACGGAGAUACCUGACACGAGCUCGAGUAAUGCCACUGCUGUGGACUGCGACAAAGUCCGAGAAGAGCACCAAUGCCUGGAGAUGACAUGUCGCAUGGGCUGCGACUACGGGUUCGAGCUCGGCCCUGACCGCUGUCCCAAGUGCCGCUGUCGAGACCCUUGCUCGUCUGUUACGUGUCCCGCCGACCGCGCCUGCACCGUUGUGGAGGUCGCUUGCGACGCUGAUUACUGCCCGCCCGUUCCUGCUUGCCUACCCAAAAAACGCGGGCAGUGCCCCUACCUAGUUCCGUUCACCCACGGAACUUGCGAGUUCUCGUGUCGCGGCGACUCGGACUGCGGCCCAACGGAGCGCUGCUGCGCCACCGGCUGCGGGACCACCUGCACGGAACCCUUGCAUCAAACUGCUUGUCAGCAAAGCAGAGCAUUAGCGCUUCACAUAGCCUCAGAAAGCGGCAGCCCCGCGUCUAGAAUGUUCGUGCCGGCCUGCAAGGAGGACGGCUCAUACGAAGGGGUGCAGUGCAAGGCGGCCAACAAUACAUGCUGGUGCAUCGACAAGGCUGGCAAUGAGGUUCCUGGGACACGAGCAGUAAACGCCACUCCUGACUGCACGAACGCCCGUCAGUGUCCCGACCCCGGCUGCAACGAGGACGUGAUGUGUCCUCACGGACGGACGCUGGAUGACAAUGGGUGUCCAACUUGUGACUGCAGGGAUCUGUGCGCUGAGGCUAAGUGCAGGCCUGAUGAAACUUGCGAACUGCUACCUGUGGAGUGUGAGGGCGACUCCUGCCCCCCUGUCGCCCGCUGCCGCCCCUCCCCGCAGUGCCCGGACAACGCCGCGCCCCUCCUGGCUCCGGAUGGCUCCGUCCCGCUGCUGUGCGGACCCAGCACCGCCGACUGCCCCUCCACUCACGCCUGCACUUACGCUCCUCACGACUCUAGACCUCCGGUGUGCUGCCCUAAGCCACACACAGUCUGCUUCGAAGCCAAAGACGAAGGCGGGUGUGAGGGCCAGCCUCGCCUGAACACAACGCGCUGGGCGUUCAACCACAAGCGGAACAAAUGCGAGCGCUUCCGAUACUACGGCUGCACCGGCAACCACAACAACUUCAAGACGAAAGAGGAGUGCAAUGCUGCCUGCCCUGUGGAGGGUGAGACCGCCAAAAACGGCAAGCAGGAGACUUCACCUACAGCUGAAGUUUUAAGUCCAUGUGAGAGGCUCCGUGAGAGGAACGAAGCCAAAGCAAAGAAGUACGGACAGGUUUCCUUUAUUCCAAAGUGUGACGCCAGCGGACUGUGGGAACCGGUGCAGUGCAUGCUGGAUAUCGAUAUUUGUUGGUGUGUGAGCGCGCAUGGAGAAUCUCAAAAAGGCUCGCUGGUACGCGGCGCCAAGCCGACGUGCAACUUCCGCCAGGCGCGCAAGUGGGUGCCGAGGGACCCCAUCUACCAGCGCGCGAAAGCUGCUGAAGUGCUAGAAGAACUUAUUGUUCAGAUGACAAGAUAUCAAGAAGAGGAUUUCGACGAUGAAAACUUAGAGGAACCUGAAACGGAACCAGAGGAUGAAGUGCAAACACAAGAGCCAAGAAUCGAAGAUGACAAGAGUGAAGGAAACAAAAGAGAAGAUAGUUCCAAUGAAGAGCUAGCUACUAUUUUGUCGGAAACCAUCGAACCAAAAUUGACUGUAGCAAGGACCCUCGACAGGCCGUUGGAAGUUGUUUCAGAAAAGAUCAUGUUUAAAACGAAAUGUCAAAUGAUGCUGCAGGAAAGUGAAAAUGGAGCAGAAGGUCCCCGGCCGCGCUGCCUGGCGGACGGGUCGUUCUCGCCGCGGCAGUGCGCGCGCGGGCGCUGCUGGUGCGUGGACGCGGCCGGCCAGCGCCGCGCGCACGCCGCGCUCGUGCCCGACCUGCCCGAGAGGGACCCCUGCGAACAAACCCAGAUAGAUUCAGCUAUCCUCGAACUGGAACUUGUCGGAGCCGACAGCGCAGUAGCUGAAGCAGCUCGAGUAUCUCUCGCAACUCGACUGGCAAUUCUGGGGGCUCGAGUUCCAGUGAGUGUUGUGAAGGAUACGAGCACGGUCAGAUUGAGGGCGCUGUUACAAGGACCCAGGGCUGUUGAUGUGGUCUACCAUAUCGAGAACUGGGUGAAACAAGAGAAGUUAGCUGGUAAGAAAUCGGGUGAACCUGGUGUACUUGGAGCAGAUAUGAUCCGCAGUGAAUAUCGACUAGCAGCGGCGCCACCACCAGCGUUACAGCAGAGAGAAAUACUCAGCGAAUCUACGGUGUCAGCAGCAACAUCAUAUCAUACAGCUUUAAUCGUCCUCGCAGCAACGUCCGCGUUCAUCAUUAGUGUAUUAUGUGUCCUUGUGAUGCUGUACAGAGCAAGACUCCAAAGAGAGCCUCAUAAAGCCGAAAGGUUCCUUCCAGCUGCACCUCCUGUCUACGUACUUUCUGCAGAUGAGAAGGCGGAACUUGCAAAAGUACUACAUGCACCACCUUCUUUACAACAAACGACUGAUGAUGACCACACUAGAAUAUAAGUCACAAAUAACCCCGUUUACGUUACUUGAAAUUCAUCUCUUUUUCAAUGUAAACUUAGUACAGGUACUAAAGAACUUAGGGUCCAAAUUGCCUAGAGUUUUUCAGUAACGUAGAUGUAGAAGGCCCAAAUUCACGCCAAAUCGGAAAAGCCUAGCUAUUUUGUUUGGUCGUUACUAAGGGUGAGGGGGUUUUACCGUACGUGUCGAACUAAAUGCUGAAGACCGUUACAAAGUUUUUAUUUUCAGGGUUUUUGAUUUAAUUCAUGAGACAAGGUUCAGGUAGUAAUGUCUAAAAACUGUAGUAGACGAUUUUCAGUAUUUAGUUUUGAUUUAUUUCCUUCAAUGGCAAGUAGACGAUAGCUCGUCGUACUCUUGACGUUGGAUGAUUGUGUUAAGUUUUUUUAAAUCAAAUAUUAGGUAUUCUUAAGUAGCGUUGUGGUGUGCGUUGCACAUCAUCUUGCGCUCUUUAGUUCCUCUCGUUGAGUCUAGAUCUGGAAUUAUUUCAAAGUUUAUUUCUAGAGUUUCAAGUUCUAGAAUUUUAAUCAUUCUUGAUAGGUAUUUUACAAGAACUUGACUCAACGUAGAACUAAUCUAGUCUUACUCAUUCAUGAUCAUGACAUUCUUUCAUCCAUCGAUUUUUUCAUCACAAUUUAAUUGUUUUAUUUUAAGGUGUAUUUGUAAAUAAUUAUUAUUUAUGUUCAUUAUAUUUUCUCAAGCAUUGUUUAUUUUUAAAUUUACAUAUAAUUUCAUUACCUAUGUAAACAUUAUCUAAUAUCAUACUUACGUAUUUGUAAACAAAUAUUAAGUACCUACCUAACUUCCCAGUUCUAUUCUGUGAACGCUCCAAUAUAGUUUAAUAAAUAUACGUAUAAUAUUUACCUUAAUAAAUAAUUUUAUAUUUA